AACCACAAAUCAAAACAAAAAUAACUAACAAACAAAGAUGACUGCCUAUAUAACUGAUGUGGACAAGUAUAGGACGCAAUUUGAGUGUGAUGAACAUUGGGAAUUACGCAGAAAAUUUCUUGUUGCUCACAAGAAUAAUUUUCCAGAAGAUGAAUUAGUUUGCUUAGCUCAAACAUUUACUAAUAUAGAGUUUCUGGGAUGCAGGUACCCGGAGGAGACUAUGAGGAAGGCAGCGGUUCUGGCCGCAGGCGUGGUGGAGGACUACAGGGAGAGGCAGAAGGGCAGACUGCAGAGGACCUUCAUGGCUGCGUCAGAUGCUGCGUCCACGAGGGUGAAAGGUUUGAAGCGUCCACAAUCGGAUACUCCCUCGUCCGUUCCGGAGAAGCAAAGUCAUCGCUCGUACAAAUAGCAGUGCAUCCUCCGUGACGAAUCAUAAACUGACAAUUGACUUUUCCCAUGUUUGGAAUUCUGAUUGCACAAGAAGUAUUUUAAGAACUCAAAUCAUAAUUUAUAAUAUUUUAUAAUUUCAUGCUUCUGAAUGUGUAAUAAAUUUUCACUUUUUUUUAUGUAACGUACAACAAGAAACCGUUCACUCACAUUCAUGGAUACAAAUCCAUACGAUAAUUGUAAAGUGUACUUGAUAAAGAAAUUAAUCGUAA